AUGCUCGUUCGCGCAUGUCUCGCGGCCUCUCUGCUGGCGAUCUCCGCUUCGGGUUCAGGUUCGUCAAACACCGCGUGCCGCUGCUUUCCAGGCGAUGCAUGCUGGCCAUCCGAGGGCACUUGGGCACAAUUCAAUCAAUCCAUCGAUGGACAAUUGAUUAAAACAAUUCCCUUGGGGGCUCCGUGUCAUGCCCCCGAAUACGAUGCCGAGACCUGUUCAAUGUUGCGAAAAGGAUGGACUCUUCCAGAGGAACACUAUGUAUCGUCGUCUUCGGUGAUGGCACCCUUCUUUGCAAAUGGAACAUGUGACCCUUAUCAUCCGAUUUCGAAGCCUUGUACGCUUGGCAACUACGUGAACUACGCAGUCAAUGUUAGCUCGCCGGACCAUAUUUCGAAAUCGUUGAAGUUCGCGACAAAGCACAACAUUCGAGUUGUUGUAAGAAACACAGGACAUGAUUAUAAUGGAAAAAGUACAGGAGCUGGUGCCCUGGGUAUUUGGACCCAUAAUCUCAAGAGGCUUAGGAUUCGCGACUGGAAAGACAAUCAUUACGAUGGCAAGGCUAUCGAGAUGGGUGCAGGAGUUCAAGGAUUUGAAGCCUACGAGCUUGGAGACAAGGUCGGUCUCCAAGUUGUUGGUGGCGAAUGUCCUACCGUCGGCCUUGCCGGUGGAUAUAGCCAAGGUGGAGGGCACUCGGCAUUGGCCUCUAGAUACGGACUCGCAGCGGACCAGGUAUUGCAGUGGAAAGUGUUUGACGGAAAGGGAAACUUCAUUACCGCAACACGCGAUAACGAAUACUCGGACCUAUUCUGGGCUCUUUGUGGUGGCGGUGGUGGAACUUAUGGAGUGGUCUACAGCAUGGUUUCCAAAGCUCACCCCGGAACUCCAGUGUCUGGACUGAAGCUCUCCUUCUCCGCCUCCGAUAUCUCCAAAGAUACCUAUUACGAAGCAAUCUCGAUUUUCCACACCAAUCUUCCAGCAUUGGUCGACGCAGGCGCUAUGAGCAUUUGGUUCUACACCAACACCAGCUUCGCCAUCUCGCCUCUCACCGGACCAAACAUCCCAGAGGCAAAACUAGUCGCCCUCUUGAAGCCUUUCACCGACGGCUUGAAGCAGCUGGGAAUCAAGUAUGAUCUGUCCUCCAAGCAGUACGACUCUUAUUAUGACGAGUUCAAGGGCGAGCAGGGCGCCAUCGGCGUUAGCGAGGCCCAGUACGGCGGAUAUCUUAUCUCGCGGUCGGUGGUCGAGAACAACAAUAGAGGCCUGACAAAUGCAUACCGUGAGAUCGUGGAAUCGGGCGCCACGUUCAUCGGUGUCGGCUUGAACGUCUCACGUGAGGUCACAGGGGAUGUUUACAACUGCGUGCUGCCCACGUGGAGAAACGCAAUUAUUUCUACAACCAUCACGACCCCAUGGGAGUGGAAUGCGCCCGAGAAGAUGCUGGCUCAACAGCGGAAGAUGACCGACGUGUACAUGCCCAAACUCGAGGCUCUUGACCCUCACUCCGGCGCUUAUAUGAACGAAGGUGACUUCCGCCAGCCGAACUUCCAAAAGGUCUUUUAUGGACGCAACUACCGCAAGCUGCGCCAGAUAAAGGCCAAGUAUGACCCUAAUGAUAUAUUAUACGGCAAAACUGCUGUUGGAUCUGACGAGUGGGCUGAACGCCAGAAUGGUCGGCUGUGUCGUGCGUCUGAGUGGAAGCCGAGUUGGCUUCAGUUUGGGGCGCAAUGA